ACUAAACGGCUUUGCAUGGUAAGCUGGAGUUCUUAAGAUCAAAACAUUCCGAGGGCAAAUCUGUAGCCGCGCUCUACAGCAUCACGCCCCGUCGAUGAUCCCUAGUCGCUCAUCCAACCCUCAACGUCUGUUAGUGAUUUAAUCUUUACUAACAUGCACCAAACGGCGAAGCCGCGCUUUUCCAGAACAAGAGCGGGAUGUUUGACUUGCCGUUCAAGAAAGAAGAAAUGUGAUGAGGUCAAGCCACGAUGCGCAGGCUGUCGACGCAAUCAGUUGGCGUGCGAAUGGCCUUCAGGAGUAUCUAGUGACAAGGAAGCUACAGUCGUGGCUCGGAAGUUAACCAAAAUCGAAGAUGCAGAUUCCCAAGCCCUAGUAACCAUCUCUGCUCCGGUUUCAAUCUCGAAUAUCGGAUCUGAGCGUGCAUGCGGACUCACUCCACAGUCGGGAACUCUCCUAAGUCAUUACUUCAGGGAAACGGCUUCCUUUUUCGCAAUGACACCCCUGAAAGACAAUCCUUUCGUCACGGUCCUACUGCCGAUUGGAUAUACUGACGAUCUGCUUAUGCAUGGCUUGAUGGCCUUGAGUGGAUCCCACUUGACGUAUAAGGAGCCCAAUAAUACUGCACUUGCAACCGCAACUCAACUUCACUAUUCGAAACUACUCAGCGGGCUACGAGCCGAGUUUAGUAAUCUCCGUGAUGAUGACUGGGAAGCUGCGGAAAGACUUUUGCGGGUAUUGGUGGUCGUAUGUCACUAUGAGGCUCUCUCUGGUGAUACACAAGGAGCAAUCUUCAAUCAUCUCCGUGCCAGCAGGCACCUCAUUCAGUCACUUCUUAGAUCCAAAUCGACGAAGCAUGCCGUCAAUUCAGAUACCUUAGGAUUCAGUCUGGAGCUGUAUGCUCACCUUGUCACUUGCAACACAAUCACCCCGCAUGGAAUUUCAUCAGGGCGAGACCUACCGCUUGACAACUUCAUCAUGACGCCCGAAGAAAUGAAACUCUUCCCAACCUUCGGCUCCAUCUUCGCAGGCGGCCACGGCCUUUUCCAACUCGUCCCCGAAGUCAGCCUACUCGCAUCCGAACGCCUGGCUGAAGAAGCCUCCGGAGUCCCUCGAGCCAGUGCAUUGUUGCUGCGCACACAUGACGAGUUACUCGACCGCAUCACAUGCUGGAAGAUGCCUCCUCCUUCAUCGCCAAAGGAAACCACCGAAGACUGGGAACACAGACGCCGUGCGGCUGAAGCCUUGCGCCAGGGCCUUUACAUUUACCUCUCGACAGCGCUAUGCGGUUCCCUCGUUUCCGACCCCGUCGUCAUAUGCGCGAUACAAGACCACAUAACCAAGUUGUUUGGCUUUGCAGCUCAACUCGUCGCCUCGCAGUACGUUGCUACUAUGCUAUGGCCUUUCGUGAUUGCCGGCAGUUGUAUGGCUAGGCCUGUCGAGCGCCAGGCGUUGCUUCGACAUAUGCGUAGUGGCUGGUUUAGUAUGAGACAUUUGGGGAUCAUAGGCGAUACGCUCGAACUGCUAUGGAAUGAUCCUGAUCCUAGAGCAUAUGGUCCGUAUGGACUUCAUUUGAUUAUGGAGAAGCAUGGAAUCAGCUUGGGUAUCGCUUGAAAUGUGAAACUGUCACAGUAAAGAUCUAAUACCAGACCGCGGACAUGAAUCCAGAAACACGAAUCGGGGUCUUACUGGUGGUCAAACCAUGCAUCUAACAACGUGUAUGAGGUAUUUCAGCAGAACUACUACACUGGUUAUGAGAAUCUUCUAUGGAUUGAUAACAUGCAUAGUACAUCACGUGACUACAAUCUACACCCUCUCGUCACGAUGUAUCUCUCCCUAGAUGUGCUUUAUCCCAUUUCUUUGGAAUAUCAAUUCAAAUGAACUUUGUUAUACCAUAUCUAAAUACCACAUGUCAAAUCAAACAACAACAACUCCGCUAGACGCUUGCACAAAAAGACCCCACCAAAGUCCAAUUCCAUUCCAAUUCCGAGCCGAACAUGAUAGAUAGGCUUUAGAAUCUAAUCUGAUAAUAUAGAAG